CCACUCUAUCCAAGCAACAUUGACAGUCCUGUCCCGUGUCCAGCAAGUUUCCUACGACACCAGAGCAGGCAGCCACCAUGUCUACCGACACGACGCGCGAGGCAUCGCCCGAGGUCGAGACGCGGCAGGUACUCGGCACGCUCGAGCUCGUCGCACGCAAGAGCGGCAAGGUGGUCUCUGCGUUCCCUGUUGACGCUGAGCGCGUCACCAUCGGGCGCGACUAUGACUGUGAUGUCCGCCUCUACCUCCCUGACGUGUCCAAGCUGCAUGCCGAGCUGCAGUUCGACGUCGACUCUGGAUCUGCGUGCCUCAUCGUGCACGGCUCCAACGGCGUCGUCCACACCCCUGCUGGUGGCCAGCAGACAAACUACAUCCCACCAAACAUUAUCGUGCUCGCCGACGGAGAUACCUUCGCCAUCAGGAAGAAGCUGUUUAGGUUUACCUACGGCGAUGGCGGCACUCAACUCGGUUACUCGUCGCCUGUUGCGGUGCGGGUAAUGCCAGCAUCGCCUGCCAAGGCCUCGCUCGGGGCCGACUCUUCAUCCACGCCUCUGAGGCGGCGGGCGUCGCACCGAUUGUCGAUUGUGCCCGAGGGACGCCGGUUCAAGCCCUCGCCGAUGAAGCGGAGGCCGAGCACGCUUGGAUUACUGGGAGCGACACCUGUGCCAUCGGCACUAUCCACCGAAGUGGAAGCCGACGAGCUCGAGUUUGAGGAGCUCGUCGACGUGGCCGAGGGCGACGAGGGCGACAAGCUCUACCUGGAGCGAAAGGACGAGGAGCCCGAGGAGCCCAAGGCGGCGUCCAACCCCAACCCAUUCCUCACUCCGCAGCCUAAGCGGAGGGCGGACCCACGAAACACGUCAGUGGCGCCGCGGACAAGAAAACCAGUGCCGCCCCCGCCAGCACCCGGGGCGUUCGAGGAUGCCGAGGAGGAGCCUGCACCGCUGCUCAUGCCCAAGACGCCAAAGUCGAUCCCUCUCCCACUGGGCGGCGAGACGCCGUACGCGUCCCCUGCAAAGGCGCCGUCGUCGCCCACGCCUCCCGUCUCCGCCCACCUGGCCUAUUCGACCCCUCGCGGCUCCGACUCCCUCCGCAAGGCAUUACUGCUGCGAUCUGCCCGCAAGGUGUUCGAGACGACGAGGCAGUUUACAGUCGAGACCGAGCUUGGCUCUUCAAAGAUCGAGACGCGCCGCCGCAAGUCGUCGAGCCCUGGCUCCAUCUCGUCGCGCCGCAAGAGCUCGCCGGCGCCAGUGGCGCCCGUGGAAGCCGAGUCCGAGUCUUCGUCAGAAGAGGACAGCUUCGAGGACGCCGACGACAAGGAGAAUCACCCACUGCAGUGGGUCUACGAGGACGGCCAGGUCGACGUCAGCUUUGACGACUCGGACUCGGACAGAGAUUCCGUCGAGGCCGAUGUCUCGCUGCCCGGCCAGUUUGUGUUCAACGCCCACCCCGAUCACGUCAGUGACAGCGAGGAGGAUGAUGGCGAUGACGAGGGCGAAUACGACGAGAGCGAGGAGGACGAGUCCGAUCGCGAGGAUGGCUCUGCGCCUCCAAUCGCUUUCAUCAGUCCUGUCGUUAUUGCAAACGCCCAGGACGUCGAGGAGAACUCUGACGAGGAGUUGGAAGAGUCGGCCGAGUACUCGAUUGACGACCUGGGCCGACCCGUACCCGUCACCCACUUUGUGCACGAAGUGUUUGAGGUUAACGAUGGCGAGGAGGAAGAGGAAAGCGAGGAGGAACUCGAAGAACACGACGAGGACGAAAGCGAGGAGCUCGAAGAGCGCGACGAACACCCUCAAGUCGAAGCCGGCGAUAGCGAAGACGACGAGGCGGACAUCUCGGCCGACGUCGAUGUCGAGGUUGACCGCGACGAGCUCGUCACGGAAGCUACACCCCCUAGGCAGCUGCCCUCUCGCUUCUACACACCUCAGGUUCAGCGCCAGCAGGCUGCCGGACCCCGCAUGUCGUUAGCUGGCAUUGGUGGGCCUCCCGUGCGCUUUGUGCCCAUCGGAACUCCUCAGCAGCCUCAUCCCGACCGAUUCGUCCCCACCCCCGGCAACAUGGGCAAGCCGAGCCGCCCGCCUAGGACGCCUGCACGGGAAGUCGAGGAAGUUGAGCCCGAGGUGGUGGUUCCGCCGCGCACGCCGAGGGUCGCUGCGACCCCGAGCCGACGCCCGGCAUCAGUCGAUGUCAAGAAGCAGCGCGAGCUGCUCGCGACCCCGCGAGCUCUCCCCGCGCCGCCCGAGUCUGGCUUCCGCUCGCCAGUGCAAGACGAUCGCAAGGACCCGCACCCUCUGACCAACUUAUUCUCGACGCCUUCGCAUCGCGCUUUGGCUGCCAGCCCCGAUCCUGGACCGGUCGUGCCCCGCACACCAAUGGACGAUAUCAAGCGACGCCUCGGUGCCCUGCGCCUGCAGACUGCCAGCGGCAAGAAGACUGCCAUCGCGCCUUCGUCUGUCGGCGCACACCCCGCUCCUCGUCGCGCCACGGUCGGGUUUGUGCUCCCCGACACUCCGUCGCGUACCCCCGUCCCUUCGCCUUCCGUCUCUAUGUCGGCGAGCGCCGGCGAUCGUACCUACCGCACGCGUGGCGUUGCCCCGGUCACCCCUCGUGUUGCAGUCAUCGAGGAGGGCGAGUCAGAGUCCCUGCCACCAACGCCCACGACGGGCGCGGAGGUUGUGCUCGAGAGUGCCAUGUUAGCCCCGGCCACCGAGGAGGAGGAGGAGGAGGAGGUCGAGGAUGAACAGGUUGCCGGUCCCUCAACGCCCUCGUACGUCGGGCUCCGCGACAUGCUCAAGCAGCCUGCGGCACCCAAGACGCCCGCCUUUGACGGACUGCGCCAGCUGCUCAAGACCCCGAAGGUCGACGCAACGCCGUCCUUUGCCGGCGUGCGGGAGAUGCUGCGGCAGCCCAAGCCCCUCAAGACCCCAGCUGCCCUCAACAGCCUUCGUCACAUGCUGAACAAGAGCGAGACGGUGGAGUCGCCUGACCUCACUGGUGUUCGGGAAGUGUUCCGGCCCGCAGCGCCUGCACCACCCACACCGUCCUUCAAGGGCGUACGCGAGAUGUACGCCGAGCGUCAUGCGCCGCCGACCCCUGCGCUCGACGGCAUCGCCGACAUGUACGCCGAUGCCGAGGAGGACGACGCCGAGGAAGGCGAGGAGGAGGAGCACGAGCCUGAACCCGAGGAGGUGCCAGAGCCGGUGAAGGAGAUGCCGGUGAAGGAGAUGGCUCCUGUCAAGGCCGCGCCCCCCGCCCGAUCCAGACUGCCCACGCGGUCGGCCCGUGGAGCCAAGGCCGCCGACAAGCUUGCGACCACCGACAAGCCUGCGGCCUCCAGAGCCGAGCCAAUUGCUGCCCCUGAGCCCAAGGCGCGCAGUACGCGUACUCGCACCGCUGUUCGCAAGGAGCCGGAGCCAGUAUCAGCCCCAGCCCGCUCUUCCCGCACGACACGAGCCAAGUCUGCUGCCGUCUCUGAGGCGGGCGACGAUGCCACCGCCGCCACGGAAGAACGAGCUGCCACCGUGCCUGUUGCCGCCCCCGCCCCGAAGGCCCCGACGCGCCGCACCGUUUCGGCUCGCUCGACCCGAGCCACCGCGAGCCCCGAGGUCGAAGCCGAACCACCCAAGGCCGAGGCACCCAAGCCGGCUGCGACCAAGACUCGCACCCGCAAGGUGUUAGGCGACGCCGAGCAGCCUCAGUCCAAGAUCCCACCUCCCGCUGUGCGCUCUCGUAGCAAGGCGGCGGGCAAGGCGGCGAAAGACGAAACCACUGCCAGCGCUCCUACACGCAAGAGCGCCGCCACCGCGCCAGCAGUUGCCGACAAGGAGAACUCUGCCGACGAUGCCGAGCCGGCAUCAGCUCCUACUCGACGCCGCGCCGCUGCUGUCAAGGCCGAUGCCAAGUUAGCUGCAGUGUCUGCUCCUGCGCGUGCUACUCGAAGCCGACGCAAUUUAUAG